UAUCUUUAAUAUGCAUGAUUUUUCACAAUCAAAUAUUUCUCGCCAAAGUAUUUUAUAUUUUCCUAGAAGAACACAACUAAGAACUUUCUCAGCUAGAAUUUACACAUUCUCAAAAAAGUAAUAUGUAGUUUUCAGUUUUCUAUACAACUUGGAAUAAAGAACAACAUCUCCAAAUAUGCAGUGAAGAAUAAGAUUAAUGGUAUCAGCUGGAUUAAAGACAUCGUAUUUUCUGUUGUUAUUUUUGACAUACCAUAUUUAUAGGAUGUUUUAAUUAUUUUAGCUUAUUGUUUCUAAAUAAUUAUUAACAUGAGUUGUGUUGUGCAAAAAUACAUCAUUACGUCACCUAUUGGCAAAAUUUUGAUCGAAUCUUGUGUUAAAGGUCUUCAUUUUGUGAAGCAGAAUGAAUACACAACAGAUGAACUUUUUCAACCAGACAAAAGAAUACACGUAGAUUUGGUGGAAGAAGAAUCAGACAAACUUAACGAAAUCAUUUUAAGCACGAUAAAAUGGUUUCGAGUAUAUUUUACAGACCCACUAGAAGCAUCUCGUUUAUCACUACCAAACAUAUGUGUCGCUUCAAACCAAGGUUCAUUUCGAGAGAUUGUUUGGUUAGCGUUGGCUGAAAGUGUCAAAGCAGGUGAAACUAUAUCUUACGGAGAGUUGGCUAAACUAGUUAUGAAACCAGGGGCGUCAAGAGCUGUCGGCAGUGCGAUGUCAAAUAAUCCGAUCUCAAUUAUCGUCCCUUGUCAUCGUGUCAUUAAAAGUGACGGUAGUCUGGGUAAUUACGCCAAAGGAUGUCGGAACAAUGUCAAGAAAUGGCUGUUGGAAUACGAAGGAGCCAUAAACAAUGUGAAAUGAAUAUUGUCGUUAUCAAUAAACUGUCUGUUGCAGGCUGGACUAUUAAAAUCUUUAUUUUAAUACACGUGUUACGUAACGGUUUAUUCAUCUUAAAAUUGUAAACAGGUCGAACUUGAAGUAGUAAAUCAAAUCAAGAAGCCAAUUUAUGUUUUUUAUCAGCUUGUGUAUUGAUUUCAACAAAUAGACGAUUUAAAAAUGUGGAAAAUUUAAUUUCGAUAAAGAAGAGUUGAAGAAGCACAGUUGUAAUUAUUUUUGUUACAUUUUCUUUGUUUGUUAUGUUUUAUAUUAUAGUUAUAUUUUUCAACAAGCAUAUCUUAUGUGACAGUAAAAUAUGAAUGAAAAUGAGGUUGAUGUUGAUGUGCGGAUAUGAAUUUACAUUAAUGUAUAGUUCUUUAUUUAUCACGAAUAGCUAAUUAAGUUUAAUUGUUCAGUGUGUCCAUCCCUGUCACAUGGAAUUAUAACAUCCGCCAUUUGUUCCAUUGAUAUUUUGUGAACAUAGUACUUGAUAUAUAUUUCCUAUGACGA